UCGCAGAGCCUCAACGGCCAGUUUCUUGUCCUUUAAAUCGGGUUUGGUGUCUUGGGCUUCUGAGCCCGCCUUGUCCAAGGCUUCCUGUCCAAGAUGUUCGCUACAAAGCGCCUGAGCAAGGAGCUUAUCAAGAUUAAAGAACACCUACCACCUGGAAUCUCCAUUGUCAAAUCCGACACCCUCGAAGAAUGGCUUAUGGACAUCAAAGUUCUCGACGAGAACCCGCUCUAUCUCAACCAAACCUACCGUCUCAAAUUUACCUUCAACAACAAAUACCCAAUUGAAGUUCAAUUUAUCGAAUUACCCACCACAUCCGAUACCCCGCGCCCGAUCCCCAUUCACCCGCACAUCUACAGCAACGGAAUCAUCUGCCUCGAUCUCCUCAGCUCGGCCGGCUGGUCGCCCGUGCAGACGGUCGAGAGCGUCUGCAUGAGUAUCCAAAGCAUGCUCACGGCGAACAGCCGCAACGAACGACCACCGGGCGACCAGGACUUCGUUUCGUACAACCGGCGGCGGCCCAGAGAUAUCAAUUUCAUGUACGAUGAUGAUAAUGUAUAGCGGGCUGUGCUCGGGUAAGCCGUGCUCGGAGCAAUUGAAGAAAACAAUGAUGAUACCUCUCGAACGGGAAAGGGAAGAUCGAUGGGAUCGGAUGGAUGGAAUCUUUGACAUUAUGUCGAAAUAUUUAAUUGGAACCCCACUCGGGGUCUUGUUUGGCAACUUUACCUAUCUAUUGUUCGGUGUCUAGCUGCAUG